AUGGAAAGCGACGCGAACCCCCUCGCGGUCGCGCUCGUCCCGGAGAAGAAGGCCGCCAAGGACGCCGCCGCGAAGACUUCGACUUCGACUUCGACGGAGAAAGAGAGAGAGAAGAAGAAGAGAGAAAAAGACCAUCUGAUUCAGAAGGACAAGAAGGACGCGGCGUCGAAGAGAGAGAAGGAUCCUGGCGCGAAGAAGAAGAAGAAGAAGAAAUCUAAAGCCUCCGCCGAGCCCGCGGAGCGUCGGUACUGGGAGCAAGUCAAAGUCGACGGCGAGGUCUUCAAGCGCGGCGACUGCGCGUACGUCAUCAGCGACAAGACCGUGGACUUGGACGACGAGACGACGGACGAGCCGUGCACGGCGUGCGGCGAAGCGACGCGCGGCGACGACUUCAUGCUCGAGUGCGACGGGUGUCUGCGAGGAUGGCACGGGGGGUGCCUGAAUCCGGCGCUGACCGCCGUCCCGGAGGGCGAGUGGCACUGCCCGAUGUGCCUCGCGUCGCGGGACGGCGUCGCGCCGCCGAGCGCCGCGGGGAAGCGCACCGCGGUCGGCGAGUUUCUCUCCGGGAACCUGCACUUGUGCCGCGUCGAGUGCAUAUGGAGCGAACGCGGUCGGUUUUACUUCGUCGGCAGGUGGUUCGCGUUGCCCGAGGAGACGCACGCGGGGCGACGCGCGGACCACGCGCGGCGGGAGGUGUUUCUCACGAACAACACGGACGAGAACGGCGUGGACUGCCUCUUGCGUCCCGCGAAGGGCGGCGACGACGUCUUCUUGUGCGAGUACUCGUACGAUAGCCACUUCCGGCGGUUCCGACGACGCGCGGAUUGGGACGACGACGACAGCGACGACCACGACGGCGGGCGGCGGUGGCUGACGAACCACGUCCCCGGCGGCGGCGGCGGCGUUGGCGGGUUUAAGGACGACGACGACGACUACGACGGCAGCGACGACGACGACGACAGCUCGUUCUUAUCCCGGCACCUCACCGCGUCGCGACGCGCGGCCGCGAAAGCGUCCGGCGACGGCGGCGUCAUGGGUCUGGGCGCGCUCGCGGCGACGAAAGUGGACCGCGCCGCGCCCGCGACCGCGCUCGGGCGCGCGCGCGUCGCGUUGUCGCUCUCGAAAACCCCGGGCGUCUUGCCGUGCCGCGAACGCGAACGCGAGCAAAUCUUCCAGUUCGUGCAGCAGUCCAUCAGCGCCGGCGCGGACUGCAAAGGCCGCUGUCUCUACAUCUCCGGCGUCCCGGGCACGGGAAAGACCGCGACGGUCCGCGAGGUGAUCCGCGCGUUGAAGCGCAAGUCGCGCGACGGCGGCCUUCCGCGGUUCAACCACGUCGAACUCAACGGCUUGCGGCUUCAGACGCCCGCGCACGCGUACAGCGCCAUCGCCGAGGAGCUCGUCGGCGAGCGGCUCGCGCCGAACCGCGCGUGCGACGUCCUCACCGAGCGAUUCCGCGACGGCAAAGGCAGCGACGGGCGCGUCACCGUGCUCGUCGUGGACGAGGUCGAUCUGCUCGUGACGCGGACGCAACAGCUGCUGUAUAACUUGUUCGAUUGGCCGACGCAUCGACGCGCGCGGUUGGUCAUCUUGGGCAUCGCGAACACGUUGGAUCUGCCGGAGCGGCUGCUGCCGAAGAUCAUCAGUCGGUUGGGGUCCAACCGCGUCGCGUUCGCGCCGUACAAGCAGGCGGAGUUGAAGAAGAUCGUCGCCGCGCGGCUCGAGGAGGCGGGCGGCGGCGGCGGCGCGACCGGCGGGUCGCUGCUCGACGCGUUCGAGUCCACCGCGAUCGAGCUCGCGUCGAGGAAAGUCGCCGGGUUCAACGGGUGCGCGAGACGCGUCCUGGAGAUGUGCCGCAGAGCCGCGGAGCUUGCGGAGGCGCGCGUCGAGGCGCGCCGAAGACUGGAGGCGGGCGACGCGAGUCUUAUUACUCCCGCGGACGCGGCGGCGGCGGCUCACGCGGCGGCUGUCGGCGAGAUGUUCGACUCCCCGGACACGACGUACGUCGCCGCGGCGUCGCGGCACGAGCGAAUCUUCCUCGCCGCGCUCGUCAUGGAGCUCCGACGGAGCGGGUUGAGCGAGGUCCCCGUCGCGGGGGUGAUGCGGACGCACGAAAAUUUAUGUCGGACGUACGGCGAGCCGUUGCCGCCCGCGGGAUGCGCGGCGGGCGUCGUGUGCCGGCUCGCGUCGCAGCGACUGCUGCUGUGCGACCCGGGGCGGAAGCGCAGCGCGCAGCGCGUGUCGCUGAAUAUGGGACGCGACGACCUCGUGUACGCGCUGAAAGAGACGAGGGUGGAGAAGGCGAUCGCGGCGGCGGCGGCGGCGGCGGCGCGGCGGGAACGGACGGGCGGCGGGGUAGGCGGGAUAGGCGGCGAGAACGGCGCGGGCGACGCGGCGAGCGCGGAGGGGGAGCGCGGGCUGGACCACGGGGACAUUCCCUGGAUGAAGCACCUCGGGUUGUGA